CGGGGAACAAGGAAACGGCGGAUCCCAAGAGUGAGAAAAAAAAAAGGUACGCAAGUAGGUACACCGAUUUAUUGAGUCAACGGCUUCCCGGGGCAAGGGUGAGCAGAAAAAGGCGUGCUUUCCUCGCGCUCGCGUCCCAUCUCAAUGCGGAAUUUCUCUUUCCUGCCUUACCUGAGAUUCGUCUCUUUCUCUCUUUCUCGGUCUCCAGUCUAAACUACCUUACCUUACUUCUUCUCUCUUUCACCUCGUCUCAUCUUGCUUGACUCAUGACAUUCGCUUGCGGUCUGUCACCCAUGUCAUCGAAUCGUGUUUCCUGACCCUCAAUCCUUUGUGACUGAACAGCAAUCGUUAGCAGCCAAGGACGCCAACGUUGUAAGGCUUGACGUUUCUUCUCUUGCGCGCGGUCCAUCUGCGAUACUCUAUCUCGAAUCUGCAGAAUCUAGAUCUCUCGAGUAAGCUUUCCAACCCCCGGCCCCAUCCUACCUACCAAGACCGGACAAGACUGAUUCAUGAAGGCAGAUCUCCCGCCCGGUCCCAUCGUGAAAUUUUUUUGAAUGCCAUCCUUGUCUGCUCUUCCGUAAAACCAAUUCCUCACGAUGGCACCCCGGAAAGCCAACCCGGCCUCGUCGUCGGCGGCGUCAAAUGGUCACCACUCCACCGAGCGCACGCCUCUCCUCCAAGUCGACGAGCCCACGACCCCUCUCCCCAUCACCCCGCAAGACGAAAACGCCAUCCCGCCAAACGAAUUCGACCUCUUGCUCUCCAGGUCCAUCCCCUCCACGGGGCCCUUCCUCGAGCCCGAGUCGACCGUGAACCCCCUCCUCCGCGGUCCCCGGCGCUACAGCACGGCCUCCAAACACCGCCGGCCCUCGCUCGCGAGCCGCUCCGACCGCGCCUCCGAGGCCGGAGGCAUCGCCGCCGUAGACGAUGACAGCGACAACGACGAUGCCGUCUCCGUCAGCAGCAGCGUCGCCUCGACACCCUUCCUGAACGGCAUCUCCCGCUCCCGCUUCUGGUUCAUCUUCUCCGAGAUCCUCCUCACCUACUUCAUCGCCUGCUUCGACGGCACCAUCAUGGCCUCGUCCCACCCCGUCAUCACGUCUUACUUCAAGGCCUCCAACAGCGCUUCGUGGUUGUCGACGGCGUUCUUGUUGACUUCUUCGGCUUUUCAGCCCAUCUUGGGCCGGUUGUCGGACAGCGUGGGCCGGAAGCCGCCGUACGUCGCCACCAUGGUCAUCUUCUGCCUCGCGACGGUGUGGUGCGCGCUCGCGCAGAGCAUGACGAGCUUCAUCCUCGCCCGGGCAGCGUGCGGACUUGGCGCUGGCGGGAUGAUGACUCUGGGUAGUAUCAUUGUUAGCGAUUUGGUUCCGAUUGAAAACCGCGGCGCGUACCAAUCCUACAUCAACAUGAUCUACGGCGUGGGAUCCGCCCUCGGCGCGGCCCUGGGCGGCGCCAUGGCCGACCACCUCGGCUGGCGCUGGGAAUUCGGCAUCCAGGUGCCGCCCCUCAUCAUUUGCUGCAUCAUCGCCAUGAUCGCCGUCCCCAGCGACCUGGGCAUGGCCGGCACCAAGCGAGAGAGCUUCGUCGAGGCCCUCAAGGCUUUUGAUUUCAAGGGCUCCAUCCUCUUGACCACGGCCAUUACCUUCUUCGUUCUUGGUCUUAACCUCGGAGGAAAUGUUCUCCCUUGGUCCCAUCCUCUCGUCAUCGCAUCUCUCGCCAUCUUUGGCGUCUGCUUCCCCGUCUUCCUCUACGUUCAAUCCUACGUCAGCCGCCCCAUCAUGCCUCUUUACCUAGUCCGCCGCUCGCCUCGAAUGAACCUUAUCUUUUCCAACUUCUUCGCGGCUCUCCUCAGCAAUGCCAUCCUCUUCAACAUCCCCCUAUUCUUCCAAGCCGUCCUCCUCACAACAGCAACCUCCUCAGGCCUCAACCUCGUCCUCCCCUCCAUCGUCUCCUCCAUCGUCGGCACAGCAACAGGCUUCCUAAUCACCUACACCCGCCGCCUCAAAUGGCCAGCCCUCACCGGCGCAGUAGGCCUCUUAAUCGGCACAAUCGCCCUCUCCGCCAUGCGCCGCGGCUGGCCCUCCUGGGUCUACCUCCUCUGCCUCGUCCCCUCCUCCAUCGGCCAGGGCUUCCAGUUCCCCGGCACCUUCAUGGCCGUUUUGGCGGCGAGCGAACAGCGCGAGCAGGCCGUCGUCACGAGCACCCUCAUCCUCUGGCGCUCGCUCGGCAUGGUGCUGGGCGUGGCGAGCAGUAGUCUCGUCGUGCAGAAUGCGCUGGUGGGGUAUCUGGACGAGUACGUCCAGGGCCCGGACAAGGACGAGGUGAUUCGCAAGGUGAGGGAGAGCGUCGAGUCGAUUGUGAAGUUGCCGGCUGCGUACCGCGAGCAGGUCGUCAUGAGUUACGAGGCGGCGUUGCGGACGACAUUUUUGUGCUGUGUCGUGAUUGCUUUUGUUUCGGUGGCUCUGCUUGUCCCCAUCAAGUUGCCCAGACUGGGUGCGAGAAAGACAAGCCGGUAA